UCAAUUUUCACAUAACUGUCAGAACUGAAUGAGCAAAUCGAAGGCUAGUAUCGUAGAUUCUGAAGGAUGUUAAAUUAAGUGUAUCUAGCUACACUGGAAUUCCUUAAAAUGCCUACCUUUUCGACUUCAGAGACGGAGAGUUCUGGAUCGGGAAGGAUGGCAGAGCGAAUACGUCCAGAAAAGACACCUCGACAAAGAGUUCAGAAAAUAUGGCGUAAUGUCCGAUGGGCUCAGUCGUUUCCAGAAGAAACAUUGUCGAUGGAGUCAACCGAAAUAACACCAAACUUCGCCUUGAGAAAAAUUGCUCUGUUGUUUGAAACGAAAAAAUAUGAUGAAUGUGCUACCCUUAUCAGAAGAAUGAAUUCUGUGACUUUGGGAAAUAUUUUGGCUGAAGUGCCACUCGAGGUUUUGUAUGAUUCAAUGCCACACAGCUUGUCGAUUCUUGAAGCUCUGUACGUAAAACUUUUUGAUAAAAUAGAUGAAGAAUUUCCAAAAGAGCAUAUUAGGACGGAUCUUUUGGUUAAAAGGAUGGUUACAUGUUUUGCUAUUUUAGCAAAGUCUAUUGAUAAAAACUGUAACGUGUAUUAUCCAUUCUGCAGGAAUAUUCUGAGAGUGGUGUCAUCUGUGGAACCCGGAUUACGGCAACAAUUGCGACAGAAGAAAAAGGCUUUGGACAAAUGUCUUAAACAUUUGGGACAACAUGGCCUUGUUGACAGUUCUUGUGGUUCACUUAUGAAUUUACACGAUUCUCUUAAACUUGAAAUUGAAAAAGUUGAAAAUCAGUACAAAACUGCGUUGCAAAAAUUAGACGAACUAAGUUUGUCAGCAAAACAUCCGAUGUCAAGUUCUAUAACGUUUGGGAAAGCACCAACUUUGGUAAGUCAUCAAAGAUUGAUGCAACUGAGUAGAGAUGAAGUUGAAAGUCGUCUAAUCAAAAACAGAACUGUAUACAACAUCAUCGAACCUGCAAUAACAAAUCAGUAUUUAAAGAAACUCAUUCACAUAUUAGAGAAACGGAUUGAAUACGAUAAAAUAUCGAUGUUUCAUGAAAACGAACUGAGGAAAUCGUGUGAAAACCUUCCAGAGGACGCAUUUAUGUCUACGACACUUCAGCAUUUCUCUCAAGGGUACGCAGUAAUCAUUCGCCUUUUGAAGGAAGUUGCCGAGGAGGAAGAAGCACCAACAGAGGAUGAAGCGCCUUCUAGUGAUGAAGAUAUUGUUUCUCCCGUUACGCAUAUGGACAGAAUGAAAACAAUUUCAAAUUUUAAUGGGCUUUUUACUUUAAAAACAAAUGGAGGAAGUACGGGUAGAGGAUUUUUACGUACAGACAAAAAAGGUCUUCGUCCUUCAAUUAUAUCAGGACCGUUUCCGUUCAAUUCCAAGUCACUAAAUGGUACUACAAACGGAUAUUCACGACCAAUUAGACACAGUUUCUCGCAUGUAAACGGUCAUAGUUUGACAAAUGGACAUUCUCAUCACCAUGACAACAAAAUGGAGAAUCUGGAAAAAGAAGUGGAGAAUUUAAAAUUGGAACUUGAAACAAGCAGACAGGAGAUCAAAAGAUUACAAGAACAUGAACAGGAAUUAACGGAUAGAUUGGCAGAUCAAGUGCAGAGUCAAUUUACAACAAAUAAUCAACAUUUUGAGGAUUUAAAUCUGGGAGAAAAUCGACCAACUGAAUUAGUCAGACAAUACGGUAAUUUGUAUAGUGAUGCACGAAUGGACGCAAUAGAUGCUCUGGACAGUAUCGAGGAACUAGGAGAGUUAUCGUUACUGAAAGAGAAAAUCUUAUUUUCCGUUGUUGUGCUUUCAUUUCGUGACACUCAACAAAUGCUUCAUGAAAUUAAAGGAAAACUACGCCAUGUUUUAAAUCUUCCUCAUCCAGAUGCUAGUCAGAACAUUGUUGAUGACAUCACGCAGAAAAUGGAAUCACAACUCAAUCUCUACCUCCAGCAGACGUCACAUCGCUACGAUCUUACAGUUGUCACACAGGAUGUCUGCAGACAAAUCUAUGCCACACUGUUUGACUACCCAUGUCUUAAAGACUGUAUUGGAUUACAGAAAUAUAUUACUGCUAGUGUUCGUGUCGCCUGGGGAUUAACAGUUCAAAGCCCGCCAUAUGUAAUUCAGUAUGACUCUCGCAAGUUCAAUCCGGAUAUACACACUAGGUUUCACACAUCAAAUUCUACUUCCGAUGGAAUUCAGACUUUCAUAUGGCCUGGAUUAACAGAAGGAUACGGUGGGCAUUGUGUCUGCAAAGGAGUUGUGAUCACGUAACACACAAUAGCAUUUUGUUCGUUAUCUAAAGGAUGAUGCAGAAUGAUAAUACCGUGUAUUUAUCUGUCAAACCUUACUUUGGAUUAGUUUAUUUGAUAGUUAAGUGUUGGCAAGUUCAAUUUGGAAGAACUAAAAUGAAGAAGUCGUAGAUGAGGAUUAUUACCUCAACCUGAACAAUAGCAUUGUCAUAGACCAAAAGUUUGUUGGCAUUAUUUGUUUUUGCAAGACAAACAAUAAGUUAAUGUAUCUCAAUUUCCUAUUGACGCCUUACAUAUUAUUUUACCAGUGAACAAAGCAUUUCUGUGAUACUUUGUAUUUACAAUAAGCAUUUAUAUGUUUCGUCAUCAUCAUUUCUCUUAGUUUAACUAUUUCAUUCAAAUGAUUGUGCUAAGGCGGCGUAAAGCAGGCACCGAUCAAUUAAUCAAUCAUUCAAUUGAAUAGAUAUUCUGCGAAAAUAAAAUAAUUACCGAUAUCCAAUUAUAAUUUGUCACUGUGCAAAUCAGUCUUUCAUUUUUUUACUCUUUUCCUUUUUUAAAUGCUGACCAUUGUUGGAACAUCAUAUAGAAUUAUUCAUAUUCGAAUAUCUUGUGAAUCGAGUCAGCGGUUGUUUGUGUUUUCAUAACUUAGUUGAACUAGGUCAUAAGCUGUGUUUAUUCCAAAGUUUAGAGUUUGUCUUUCCAAUGGCUCUUUAUGUUUAUGUAGUUUUUAUACCUGUAUCAAGAUAUAAUUUCCUAUUCAAACGAGUUUGCCUUUAAUAUCUUUUGGUUAUUAAUAUUUUGUGGCCGUGAUCAAGGAUUUUCAUCCUGUGUGAAUUCAAUUGAACUUCGAUUUGUCAUAUACACAGUGGUGCUGUAAUAUUGCCUUCAUAAAUUCAAUUCUACAUUCUCAUUAUUCCUCAUUAUUAGAUUGAAUCCAUGAUAUAUAAAUAAAAAAACAACACUGCAACAAAAUAAAUUGUACAUUUGAUAAACACGAAGGUUGUUACUAUCUAAAGGAAAUUGACCUUCUAAUAAAUUGGGCUAUUUUUUAGUUAUA